AUGGAUAAGAAGAAAUGGUUAUGGAAGCGGAAGUCUUCUGAGAAGAGCCCUGGUGAAACUGAAAGUUCAGGAUCUGUGUCGUCUCAUUCUGAGAGGUACUCAGAUGAACAGCAAUAGGCAUUGGAGGAAUCUCCUAAUGGAAGCAAUCAGUCACCUGAUGUCACCUCAAAAGCUGCGACACAUGCUGAAGAUGUUAAUAAAGAUGAAAAUGGAGAAAAUGAAAAUAUAAAAAAUGUAAAAGAAGGAGAUUUAAAUGAUGGGUUGAGGAAUAUGUCGGAGAAGCUAUCUGCUGCACUUGUGAAUGGUAUUGCCAAAGAAGACUUGGUUAAGCAGCAUGCCAAAGUCGCUGAAGAAGCCAUUGCAGGCUGGGAAAAGGCUGAAAAUGAAGUGGCAGUUUUAAAGAAGCAACUUGAUACGGUCACACUUAGGAAUUCAGCUCUGGAAGAUCGAGUGACCCAUCUAGAUGGUGCACUUAAGGAGUGUGUUAGGCAACUCAGACAGACAAGAGAAGAGCAGGAAGAGAAUAUCCUUGAUGCUGUAGCAAAUAGGACUCAUGAAUUGGAAUCAGCCAGAAUUAAACUUGAAAGCAGGAUCAUUGAGCUCCAGAACAAAUUAGAUGCUUAUAAUGCCAGAUCUUCUAUUGAUCUAGAUUUGUGUCAAAAGGUUGAAUCUUUGGAGAAAGAGAACAUGGCUCUCAGGCAUGAGAUCGUGGCUCAAUCAGAAGAGCUGGAAAUCAGGACGAUUGAGAGGGAAUUAUGCACUCAAGCUGCUGAGACAGCUAGUAAGCAACAUUUAGAAAGCAUUAUGAAAGUAGCCAAGCUCGAGGCUGAGUGCCGGAGACUGAAGAGCAUGGCUUCUAGAGCUUCCUUAGUUAAUGAUCAUAAAUCCAUUGCUUCAUCCUCAUUUUGUAUUGAAUCUCUCACAGAUAGUCAAUCAGACAGUGGGGAGCGGCUUACUGCAGUGGAAAUUGACACCUACAAAAUGAGUGGCUCAGAACCAAACAAGUGUGAACCAAGUUGUUCUGACUCAUGGGCAUCAGCACUAAUUUCUGAGCUUGAUCAUUCUGUUAAAAUUGAUCUAAUGGAUGAUUUUCUUGAAAUGGAACGACUUGUUGCAUUACCUGAGACUAAGAACGAAACCUUUGUUCAGGAGUCAGUUGUUGCCAAUAAAUGCAUUAACAAAGAAAGCUCUCUUAGAGCUGAGUUUGAGAUCAUGAAUCAGCAAAUGGAUGAACUAAAAGAGAAGUUAGAGAAGGUGGAAGCAGAUAAAGCUGAACUAGAGAUAGCUUUGAUGAAAAGUGAAGAGUGUAUUGAGGAGACACAACUUCAGUUGAGGCAGGCAGAAAAGAAAUUGGAGGAGUUUCAAAGAGAGCUAGAAAAUGCCUACAAAUCAAAGCAAAUGACAGAAAAUUGCCUAAUGAGCAUGGAGGCAGAGGCUCAAACAUUAUCUGUGAAGGUUGACUUAUUAGAAGCAGAGGUUCAAAAUGAGAGGGCUAUGUCAGAUGAAGUUGCAAUGAAGUGUAAGGAUCUGGAGAAAGAGGUAGAAUGCAAAUCUGCAAAGGUUGACUUAAUAGAAGCAGAGGUUGAUAAGGAGAGGGUUGUCUCAGAUGAAAUUGCAUUGAAGUGUAAGGAACUGGAGGAAGAGCUAGAAAGCAAAUCUGCAAAGGUUGACUUACUAGAGGCAGAGGUUGAUAAGGAGAGGGCUAUAUCAGAAGAAAUUGCAAUGAAGUGUAAGGAACUGGAGGAAGAGCUAGAAAGCAAAUCUGCAAAGGCUAGCUCAUUAGAAGCAGAGGUUGAUAAGGAGAGGGCUAUGUCAGAGGAAAUUGCAAUGAAGUGUAAGGAAUUGGAGGAAGAGAUACUCAGGUCAACAGCUAGCUCAUAUGGAGAAAAGAAGAUUAAACAGGAGGACCUAGCACUAGCUGCGAGAAAGCUUGCCGAGUGCCAGAAAACAAUAGCAUCUUUGGGGAAUCAGUUAAAAUCCCUGGCUACACUUGAAGAUUUCCUUAUUGACACUGCUAGCAUUCCUGCAACUCCAUCACUCAUUGCUGAAGCUAGUGGAGAGAUGUGGAAGUUGCAUUCAAAUGACACAUUUUCACCUAAAAGAGAUUCCAUUUCUUCAAGGUUGCCUGAUGGCAGCUCUGAUCCAUCCUUAAACAAAAAUGAGGAAAGCACACCACCUUCAUCAUCUUCAUCAACUUCAUCAACAGCCUUGCCAAAUCAUGUCAGUUCUGAGAAGAGUCGAAAUGGCUUUGCCAAAUUUUUCUCUCGGACAAAGAGUGGGAUUCGGCUAGAAAUUUAG